AUGCAUUCCGCUCCCUAUGUCGCCGCCAAGAAGACGGGUUUGGCUGCCGCUCUCAACGUGACCGCAUCCGACGUAAACAUCACGGACUUCACCAUCACGGACCUCCCCGAUCGUCGGUUCACCCCUCUUGCCCGCCAGUUGUCGGCACUCGUCUCUGUGACGACGAGCUUCACUGUGGCCAUCGCUGGCAUGAACAGUGCCGACUCCCUGUCCGCUGCGCUCGCCGCCGCCGGGAACGCCACCGAGGCCGAGACCAACGCCGCUCUGGCGGCGGCGGACUGGAGCGGCGAGCCUGUCCUCACCGCGCCCCCCGUGCUGUCGGGCACCGCCAUGGGCGCCGCGGCCUCGACCGCGGGCGUCACCAGCGCCCCCACGCCGGUGCCCGUGGUCAUCGGGGCCAGCAUGGGCGCCGUGGCGGGCACCGGAGACCCGCACCUGCAGAACAUCUACGGCGAACGCUUCGACCUCAUGCAGGCCGGCAGGCACGUCCUGGUCCACAUCCCCAGGGGCGCGCGUAGCGAGGGCACCCUGCUCCGCGUCGACGCGCAGGCGGAGAGGCUCGGCGAGUUGUGCGCGGACAUUUACUUCCAGGAGCUGAACAUCACGGGCAAGUGGGUGGAGGCGCAGCAGGCGUUGGCACGCCAGGGCGCGCCGCCGCCGUACUGCAAGGUGCACACCUGCCGGGGCCGGGUGCAGCUUCAGACCCAGGGCGCCGACACCAUGGACAGACGCGUGACGGAGCUGAAGCACCAGUUCGAGGAGGAGCUGCGGCAGAGGCUGGGCGAGCUCGAGGGCAGCCAGAUGGAGACGCUCUCCAAGGUCCGCGCCUCCACGGCCGCCGCCGAGGACACGCUGAAGAGGCACGAGCUCGGGAUCCGCAGGCUGGAGACCACGCUUCAGGAUGUCCUGCGCAAGGGGGACCUGUGGAGCCACCAGGCCGCCAUGCAUCACGAGCGCCUCGAGCUCCUGGAGUCCAUGCCGCGGAGCCGCGCCACCGCCUCGUCGCACUCGGAGCAGGAGAUCAGCGCCCAGGUCUGGCAGCUGGAGGGUCGCAUCGGCGACAUCGCCAAGCAGCUGGACCAGCUGAACAGUGAUCUUCGCAACGACCGCGAGACGUACCACUCGAUGGCCGCGCAGAUCCAGGAGUACGACACCCGCAUCUCGGCGUGCCGGUCCAAGGUGGACGGCCAUCAUGAGACGCUGUCGGGCCUGGACGAGCACAUCCGGCAGGGCUGCGAGGAGAAGUUCGAGGUGCUCCACAAGAGCUUCCAGGAGCUCAACAAGAGAAACCUCGACCUUCAGGAGCGCCACAAUGCUGUGAAGGCCAGCGUGGACUACCUCCAAGCGGGUGCGAUGGGGCUGCCGCCCCAGGCGGGCACGGCGGGCGUGCUGUCCCCGCACGCGCACUCCGUUGCGGUGGAGAUCGCUCCCGACGUCUGGGGCGCGGUGGACAGGGCUCGCGGAAUGCCCGCGACUGUGCACCGGGGGCGGCUCCACGGGCGGGAUGCCGGCGGCAGUGUGCCGAGGGCGGCGCCGUGA